UGGAAGGGCAGGAAAGGGUAGUUUUAUGUUAAUAGCUCUUAGAAACAGCCCUCUGGGACCCGGCGGGUUCCCAGCGUGGUCCAGGUGGGUGGGGAGGGAUGCUGGGGAUGCUGCUGGGGCGCAGCCCUGGGCUGUGGCGGCGGGGGGCUCGGCAGGUCCUGCUCCCCACCAGAUUCAUCAGUGGCAAAGCCAAGAAGGAUCAGGAGGCAGCUUCACAGACGGCUAUUCCAGGUUACAAAGCAUUCAAAAAUGACAGAAGGCCUACAAAUUUUGAUAAAAAAGUGUUAGUGUGGGCAGGACGCUUUAAAAAGGAGGAGGACAUUCCGAAGUAUAUAUCGUCUGAGGUCCUCGACGCAGCAAGGAACAGCGUCAGGAUAAAGGUUUGCUACAUCAUGAUUGCACUGACCUUGCUGGGCUGUUUGGCCAUGGUAAUCACAGGCAAAGAAGCUGCUAAAAAGGAUCAAACAUUGCUGAGGAUGAACACAGAAAAGAAGGCCAAAUGGAAGGCUGAGGUGGAGGCAGCUCUUGAGAAACCACAAUGAUUUGCAACAGAUUUCUUUUAACAGCAGGAGAUACGCGAUUUGCACACAUGGCAUAUGUACCUGUCUUCAUUUCACUAUUUGGAGCUUUUUCACUGAAACUCUCAGGGCAAGGAUUUCACUGCUUAAAAACUGCCACAUACAAACUGGGAAACUCCUAUGGAAACUCCAGGAGCUGCUUCCUGUGACCUCUGCUCGUUGACACUGGGUUCUGCUGAAAUAAAGGAAUCUCUUCUAAAUGGGAAAGUGUGGGACGGACAGAUGCAGGACUCCUCGGCUCAGGAUCAGCUUUUCAUGGUGCUGCUGAUGCUCAGGGUGGCUGUGGGGCUGUCUCCUCACAGCCAGGAAGGACAUGGCCCUACAUCAGAGAACACCCCAUUCCACCCAAUGCCUGUAGGGCAAACAGCCUCGGCCAAAGGGACCUAGAGCAGGGGGAAAAGGACUCUGAAACAUGUUUUGCAAGCACAAAGAGGUCAAUUAUCUCCACCUCUGAACUUGCUGCCAUCAGUGCCCUCUUCUUUCCCUCAUAGGGUCUCAUGGCCAGGGAAGAGGGGACAUGAGCAUGAAGAGGGGCUGGGAUGAUGGAGGAGUGUGAGCAGACCCUGAUGACUGAUUUAGGCCAACAGGGGCUUUAGGACAGAGGACAUGGCAGUAUGUGGAGUGGUAGCAUGGCUAUGUGGAGUGGUUUGGUUGCUGUGGGGCAGCCCCAGGAACUCACGCCCAGCACUGGGAUCCUGGCCUGGAGGCACCUCUCGUCCUGCUGCACCUCACUGGUUUUUCAUCUUUUGCUUCCAGUAAUCAUCAGGAAAGUUCUCUAGUACUUUCUUAGUUUUGAUUUUAGCCAGGAGUAAUUGUUAAUACAUUGUUUGCUAAAACUGCAUUCUUUUUAAUCAUCAUAGUUCAUUAAUUCAUAAUAAAACAGCUGUCCAAUUAUAUCUAAAAAACCCACCACAUCUCUUCACAGCUUCGUUUAACGUGUCACCAAACUCUCUGGGAUGGUGUUUAACAGAUGGGAGACAUCCUAACGAUCAACUAAAAGUUUCGUUUUCAUAAAGUGAUGGAACUUAA